AUGGCGACCGCAGCAGCCCCUGAGUCUUCGCUCCUCUCCCUCCUCUACCGGUCGUACCCGACUGCCAUCUCAGCAGAUGCCACCGAGCUUGAUUAUGCUCACGCCUCGCCCAAGAUCUUCCCUCAGGUGAACUUUGGCGAGGCCGAGACCGCCGAUAUCAAGCAGUGGUUGACCACCGUUUCGGGCCUCUCGACUGCCAUCUCUAAGGAUGAUAAGCCCGUCUGUGAAAGCAUUCUCGCCCAGCUGAACACCCACCUCGCUUCGCGCACUACUCUGCUCGGUGCGAUGCCUUCGGUCGCCGAUGUUGCCGUUUAUGCUCUGGUCGCCCCCAUCGUCGAGAAGUGGUCGCCCGAGGAGCGCACCGGAGAGAAGGGAUACCAUCAUAUUGUGCGCCACGUCGACUUUGUUCAGAACUCGCACCUCUUCUCACUGCAGAUCCCCGAGGAGGAGAAGGUGAACAUUGACGUGAACGAUGUCAAGUUCGUGCCCAAGCCCGUCGACCCUAAGGAGGAGAAGGAGCGCAAGAAGCGCGAGAAGGCCGCUCAGAACCCUGAGGCUGCUGCCGCCGAUACGAAGCCUCUUGUUGUUGGCCAGGGCAAGCCCGAGAAGAAGGAGGGUGCUAACGCCGCCCCCGCCGGUGCUAAGACCGAGAAGAAGGAAAAGAAGGAGAAGAAACCCAAAGCCCCUAAGCCCGCGCCUGCUCCCGCUGCCCCUCUGUCGCCCUCUCUCAUCGACCUCCGUGUCGGCCACAUCCUGCGCGCCAUCAACCACCCCAACGCCGACUCCCUCUACGUCUCCACCAUCGACUGCGGUGACGCCCCCGGUAGCGACAACACCUCCGUGGAUGAGGAGACCGGAAAGACCGUCCGCACCGUGUGCUCCGGUCUGAACGGCCUGAUCCCUCUCGCCGAGAUGCAGGGCCGCAAGAUUGUUGCCGUCUGCAAUCUGAAGCCCGUCACCAUGCGCGGCAUCAAGUCCGCCGCCAUGGUUCUGGCCGCAUCCCCCAGGAACGACGAGUCGCACGCCGGCCCCGUCGAGCUUGUCAACCCUCCCGCUGACGCCCCCGCUGGUGAGCGUAUCAAUUUCCAGGGCUGGUCCGAGGGUGAGCCCGAGAAGCAGCUCAACCCCAAGAAGAAGGUCUGGGAGACCUUCCAGCCUGGUUUCACCACUACCCAGGACCUCGAGGUUGCUUUUGACAGCAGUGCUGUCCCCGUUGCCAAAGAGCAGGAGGGCAAGCCCGCCAUUGGCAAGCUGGUCACUGCCUCUGGAAUCGUGUGUACCGUCAAGUCCCUGAAGGAUGCUACUGUGCGGUAA